AUGUUUCAUGCUGCUGCUGCAAUGUUGAAGAUUUCGGAAAUGGAGUACAAUGGAGCAAACUCUGUUUUUCUGAGAGCUCUUAUUGACAAGAAGUUUGCGCUGCCCUACAAAGCAAUCGAUGCAAUUGUGUCACACUUCCUCAGGAUGAAGAAUGACGAGCGUGAAAUGCCUGUACUCUGGCACCAAUGUCUCCUGGCUCUUUGUCAGCGGUAUAAGAAUGAUUUCAGUCCGGAGCAAAAAGCUGCUAUUAUGGACCUCAUCAGGUAUCAAAGCCAUUACCUUAUUUCUCCUGAAAUCCGUCGUGAAUUGGAAUCAAAGGCAAUAGAUAGUGAACAUGGAGAGCAGAUAGUCACAGAAAUGCUUACCAGAUGCCAGCUGUGGAGCCGAUGUAUUCAUUCUGUGCGACCAUCGGUCUCUUCUGCAGUGGUUCCUCACAUCAACCAACGGAGAUGGGCUUUGUCUGAUCCAAGCAGUUCUGUGCGCACGGGCAGUCCUCGAUCUCUGGUCCGAUCGUUGAGGAUGCCUAGUGCUUCAGAUAUGGUUCGCGCUGCUCCAGCUGCUUUGCAACCAUACCUCCAGAUAAUGCGGCUUGAUAAACCUAUUGGAACUUGGCUGCUAUAUUGGCCGUGCACGUGGUCAAUCGCUUUAGCUACUCCUGCUGGUCAACUUCCUUCCUUAUACUAUUUAUCACUUUUUGGUGUAGGAGCCAUAUUGAUGCGCAGUGCUGGUUGCGUUAUCAAUGAUUUAUUUGAUAAGGAAUUCGACAAAAAGGUCGAACGAACAAAAAUGCGUCCGCUCGCAUGUGGAUCCUUGACGGAGAGACAGGCAAUAGCUCUCCUAGGUGGACUGCUCACAACAUCGCUAGUUGUUCUACUGCAGAUGAACUGGUUCAGCGUUGCUGUUGGUUCAGCCUCAAUGUUUCUAGUAGUGGGAUAUCCACUGGCAAAGCGAUACACUUACUGGCCGCAGUUCGUUCUAGGAGCCACACUCAACUGGGGUGUAUUGAUUGCAUGGGCUGAGCUGUUGCCUCAAGAACGGUUUUAUACAGUAUUACCGCUCUACAUCUCUACAGUACUUCAUACCGUAAUUUACGACACUAUUUAUAGCCAUCAGGUUUAUUUAAGUUUUCGCUGCUUUUGA